AUGGUGGACUUUGAGUUCGACAUGACCACGUGGAAGGACGCCAAAGUCUGGAGUGGUGGGCCUAUUGAAGAUUGGGAGGUCCUGGGCAAAGAUGGGAAGAAGCCAGCAGUUUCCAUCCACCCACGAGAUAUGAUGGACUACCACGGUCUGAGUAACACGUGGCCUCGGGAGCUCUUCUCCCGAGCUGUGGCGCUGGGGGAAGACCAGUACCUCGAGGUCAUCAAGUUGCAGGAGGAGCUCAAGUUCCAUUUCUACUACACGGGGCUUGACCCCAUGGAUGGGACGGAUGAUCCCAAGGAGUACUUAUGUUUGGUUGUUUACAGCAAAAGCAAUUGGCCUGGCAUAAUGAAAGGCCUGCGGCAGAUUGGCGUUGACGUCGAGUCUUCCCCAGCAGAAGCAGUGGACAAGGACACGGAAGAUCUUGCCAUCCAGAUGAUGCUGAGGGCCUCGGAUGCAUGGAUAACUUACUGCGAUCCCUGGAUGAAGCGUGAGUUUACCGAUGACUCUGCCGUACUCCAGCCAGGUAAAGUGUACAGAUUCCAUGAAGAUGGGCUGAAGGAGAAACUUGGCCUUUAG